UACUAUAAUAUCCUUAUAUUUACCUAUUUAACACAAUUCGAUUCAAUAUUUUGUUCAUAAUUUUCUUUUUGUAUGUUAUGUUAAUCAUUGCAAAAGAAGAACAUUUGCCCUUAUUUGCCUCCAAAAUAUAACCUGUACAAACAUUUCAAAUCUAAUGAUAGUUCAAACUUGUUUAUUUAUAGUUAUUUUAAAAUGUAAGCCCAAAUGAUUUUAUUUAGGAUUUUAAAAAAUGUGAACUUGUUUGUAAAUGUCAGAAAAUAUAGCCAAAGUGUAAAGAAAAUGCCAACGAAGUAUUUAAAUGUAGCUGAAAAGAAUGAUGCCGCAAAAAAUAUUGCUAGUUUAUUAUCUAGAGGUGGAUCGUCAAGGAGAGAAGGUAUAUCCCCUUAUAACAAGAUAUAUGAAUUUAAUACAACAGUUCUUAACGAGCCUGCUUUCAUGGUCAUGACAUCUGUUUCUGGCCACUUGCUAAAUUAUGCAUUUACUGGAGCAUACAAAAACUGGAGAGGGUGCAAUCCCAUUGCUUUAUUUGAUGCCCCCAUUGUUAAAACAUGUCCAGAGAAUUAUAUAAAAGUUAAGAAAACUUUAGAACGAGAAAUAAGAAGUUGUGAUGGUCUAAUAAUAUGGACAGAUUGUGAUAGAGAAGGGGAAAAUAUAGGUUUUGAAAUUAUAAAGGUAUGUACAGAUGUCAAACCAAAUCUCCGAAUAUACAGAGCUAAGUUUUCUGAAAUUACUGGAGCCUCAGUUCAUAGAGCAUUACAAACUCUAGGCCAACCAAACAAGAAUGUCAGUGAUGCAGUUGAUGUAAGGCAAGAGUUGGAUUUAAGGACAGGUGCCGCUUUUACCAGAUUACAGACUUUAAGACUUCAAAAAGUAUUUCCACAGAAGCUGGCUGAUAAACUGAUCAGUUAUGGAUCAUGUCAGUUUCCGACACUAGGAUUUGUUGUUGAAAGGUAUCAAGCAAUUGAAGAUUUUAUUGCUGAACCAUUUUGGAGGAUAAAAAUGUCUCAUACUGUUGGUGAUAUUACCAGUGAUUUCAACUGGAAAAGAGAUCGUUUAUUUGAUAAAAAUGCUUGCGAAGCUAUAUUAGAUAUUUGCAAAGAAAAUCCUGUGGCCACUGUAGAGAAUGUUGAAGGUAAAGAGAAAAGUAAAUGGAGACCACUACCUUUGGACACUGUUGAAAUGGAGAAAAACGUUUCAAGAAAGCUAAAAAUCAAUGCCAAAGAUACCAUGCAAAUAGCAGAACGACUGUACACUCAAGGUUUUAUAAGCUAUCCACGUACAGAAACUAACAUUUUCCCGAAAGAAUUGAAUCUCGGCAGUUUGGUACAGCAGCAAUUACAUGAUAAUAGAUGGGGUACCUUUGCUCAGAGGAUCAUUGACGAAGGUGGGCCACAUCCAAGGCAAGGCAGAAAAUCAGAUCAGGCUCAUCCUCCCAUACACCCCACGAAAUACACUAACACCUUGCAAGGAAAUGAUCUACGACUGUAUGAGUACAUAGUACGACAUUUUUUAGCAUGUGUGCAUAAAGACGCUAAAGGAUUCGAAACAACGGUCAGUGUUGAUCUCGCACAGGAAAAAUUCACAGCUAAAGGACUGAUAAUAUUGGAAAAGAAUUAUUUGGAAGUAUAUGUUUAUGAACGAUGGAAUGCCAAGGAGAUUAAUAACUAUAGAGUAGGAGAUACUUUUACUCCAACUGUUUUAGAUAUUGUCGAGAGCUCUACUUCUCCUCCAAAGCUGCUCACCGAAGCUGACUUAAUAGCUCUUAUGGAAAAACACGGAAUUGGCACGGACGCUACUCAUGCGGAACAUAUAGAGAAGAUCAAAUCUCGAGAGUACGUAGGCUUACAUGACAAUAUGUACUUUGUGCCUGGAACUCUUGGUAUGGGUCUUGUAGAAGGUUAUAACAACGUGGGUUUAGAAAUAUCCUUGGCCAAGCCAACGCUUCGAGCAGAUUUCGAAAAGGAUCUGAAAUUAAUUUGCGAUGGCCUCAAAGACUACGAAGAGGUGCGAAUAGAACAGGUCGCCAAGUAUAAGGCGGUCUUUCAAACUGUCGCACAGAAAAUGCGACUGAUCGAUGAAAGUUUGGGAAAUAGAUUGGAUGAUCGGCCGACAGAUGUCGUGGACGACCAGAUCGUUAAUAAUAAUGAUGAAUUUCGACCGGCUAUGAAGUGCCCGAAGUGUGGACAUGACAUGAUUGUAAGGCCCAAAAUAAAUGGACCGGGUUACUUUUUAACGUGUUCCAACUAUCCAGCGUGUCGACAUUCUAUUUGGUUCCCUUCUUCAGUAGAUACUGUAGAAGUUCAAAACGACCACUGUCCACAGUGUGGACCAAACGUAAAGAAACUAAAAUUCAAGUUCAAACACAACCUUUUUCCUGGAGAGCCGAAUCCAAAUAUUUUGUGCAUCGGGGGCUGUGAUAUAAACGUUUUAGAAACUUUAGAUAUAAAUCCAUCGUCAGUUAAUCAAAGAGCUGCAAUUAACCACGCAACGAACAACACAAUAAACAACCAAACCUUUGGAAACACCACUCGAAGGAAUUCAGACAGUGGGUUCCAUUCCAAUUCGUCAACCACGAACAACAAUUCUCAUUCCAACAACGCCAACACAAACAACUCUAAUAGAAACAGCAGUAACUGGUUAUCCAAAAACUUUCCAGCUCAAAAUACUUCUAUUGAAAAUAGGACCCCGGAUUUGUUGCCUGGACCUUCCAGGAAUAUGCCCAAUAGAAAUAGUCCGGUAACUAACUCUGGUCAGGCAGCAGAUGUUGUGUGUAAUUGCAAUCAAGAAGCUUUGAUUUUAACUGUGAGGAAAGAAGGUCCUAAUACAGGUAGACAAUUUUACAAAUGUGCCAACAACAUUUGUGAUUUCUUCUUGUGGGCUGCCAAUGACGAGAAUAAUGUUCAGGGUGGCUCAGCCAGUAACAGUAACGCGCAGUACCAAAGUAACCAAUCUCAGAAUCUCCAAUGUAGAUGUAGGCAAGCUGCUGUGUUACGCACAGUAUCGAAGCAAGGAGCUAAUACUGGAAGGCAGUUCUAUACCUGUCCAAAACCUAUGGGCCAAGGAUGUGGUUUCUUCCAGUGGGCAGACGAGGACGCAGGAAAUGGCAACAAUUAUGGAGGUGGUGGUGGGGACGAUGAUUUUGGCGGAGGAGGCGGUAGGGGAGGAAGAGGUAAUUGGAAUAACGGUAAUAACUUUGCUAAAAAACGGAAAACAGACAAUUCUAGAAAUCGAACCACUUCUCACAAUAACCAAACCAAAACAAAACGGAAGUGUGGACACUGUGGAGAAGAAGGUCAUAUAAAAACUAAGUGCCCAAAUAAGUGAAGUUGUAUAUUUUUAUAAUAAAUAUGUUAUUUUUAUAAGAA